AUGGCGCCCACGAAAUCCUCGAAAACGUCCUCGAAAGGCUCGUCAAGGCCUAAGGGCAACACUGGUGCAACGCAGAGCUCUAAAUCCCGCAAACCUUCCGCCGACAGCGGCAUUUCGAAACGGAAACAGAAGGGCCUUUCGCUCGCAAAACCUGGCGGGGCACAGAAGACUAAGCCGGCCGCGGUGUUGAAGAAAAAGAGGCGGAUGUACAGCGAGAAAGAGCUGGGAAUCCCGACACUCAAUAUGAUUACGCCGGCGGGCGUGCAGAAAGUCAAAGGCCAGAAGAAGGGCAAGGUCUUCGUGGAUGAUACCGAGAGCAUGAUGACCAUUUUAGCUAUGGUGAAUGCGGACAAAGAUGGUCAGAUCGAGUCGAAAAUGAUGCGGGCGAGGCAAUUGGAAGAGAUUCGGGAAGCGAGGAGGAAGGAGGCAGAGGCUAGGAGCGAGCAAAAGCAGGCCGUCUUAGAGGAAACCAAGGAUUCGCUCCGCAAGAAGCGAAACAAGAAAUCAGCUCCUAAAAAAGAUGAUGAGAGUGCCUUUAGUGCCCCGCCAAAGGCAAAAGGGAAGAUGAAGAAGGUGUCUUUUGGUUGA